GUUUCACGAAACAUCGUUUCUAUAAGGCAAAAUAUAAUUGAGUACAGAUACAUAUCUGCACUGUAAAUAAGGAGUAGAUAAUCAUUUUAGAUCGGAGUUAGCCCGUCACUCCUGCCGACUCUUAACGUCAAAUUGUUAUUAGGCAAUACAUCGUGUAGGAGAUAUUUAUUUUCGUCUACUAUUAUAUAGUUAAUAACGAGUUGCUAUAUAACGAUGGAGAACAUUCGCUCACCGAUAGAGAACGUUCGCUCGCCGAUGGAUAACCUCUUUAACAUGUUGUCAGGUUUCAGCGCGGGUCAAGAGAAGGCUUUGAAACAAGGAAUCUAUAACGCUCUUGCACUCUUCUUCCUGUGUCUCAUUUCAGCGGCCGGCUAUGGCCUCUAUAUUAUACUGAGUCCCUUCGUCAAACCUUUAAUUUGGGCUCUACUAUGUGGCUCUGUUCUCUUUCCGUUCAAAUGCUCACUAGCUACAGCGGUGCAGUCAUGGUUCGCUGGGAUGGAGGCAACGCAAACUCCAUUAAUUGUCAAUGUCAGCCUGCUACCUGUGCACAUAUUCGACAGUAUCUCUGAAAACGUGGGUUCCUUUUUGUGGACACGUAUCAAGUAUAUCAUUGGGAUAAUAUCGGCAGUAUUGUUAGCCAUAGGUAUAUACCAUUAUCCUAAUGUGAUAACAUGCCUUGUUUGGAGACUGUAUUGGCUGUUCACUACAAUCUCUGGAUUCUUUAUUCGAACCUGCAACAUUUUUAUGAUCUUUACUGUACUUAUUGGUUAUUUAAUAAUUCUGUAUGUUUAUUGGAGACCAUCAAAUUCUUCUCAAUUUCGUUACAUAUCCUUUGUGAUAUGGUUUAUUAUCACCAUGUAUCUGUCGAGCAUGGCAGGUGCUUAUCAAGUCUUGGUCUUUGCUACUUUGCAAAUUCUGUGUGUAAUAGGAUUUAUUUACGAAAUAAUAUUUAUUAUGGAGAAUCAUGAACUGAAUGGUACACACUUGACAUUCUCGGAGGCAGCACGUUUUGCUCUAACGAAUAAUUUAUUACCAAGCUCACAGGAAAAUAAGUUAGUUUCAUCAGAGAGCGAUGAACAAAUAAACGAAUCUAUUUCGAAAGACGAAAGUAUGGACACGUCAAUUCACUCUCGAGAAGAAACAGGAAGAUCAGCGUCUGCAACAAAUAUUAGGAGAAUAUAUAGUGCACCAAAAUUUGGCAUAAAAUCGAUGUCAUUGGAUACAGAAGGUUUAUCUCCCACGGCGAAGCGCGAUCGUUAUCUACUUAGCAAAAUAAGAGCUGAAUUACGAAUGUCUCUAGAUAUACAAGACGACAAGGUUGACACUGAUAAAUACAUGUAUGGAGCGCUAUAUGCAUGCGCUGGUAUGCUUCUCUGGAAACACAGAUGGAUCGCCCAUGUUCUGAUAAUCCCACUGGCAUAUUACAUUGUUAAGCAGCUGGGAAUCUAUUUUGGCUUUUGGAAAAUAAUACGUGGGUACUAUGAUUCGAUGAUACAAGCGUUCACAUCAUGGUGCAUGGAACGACAUCAAGCGCUUGUACCCUCCAAUAUUAGAGGAUUAUAUAAAGUAAGCAUUAUCAUCGACGAAAAACUGAGAAAUGUUUUGAAAAGUUCUAUCAAUGCAGUAGCAACUACAGCUGUGAUAUUUGGAUUAAUCAUUUUCACCACUUGUGCAUCUAUUUUCAUCACGGUACAGAUUUAUGCAGAGGGUAUGCAUCUCAUUCAAGUAACGGGUGACAUACUAAAUUCAUCUUUGAUGAAUAAUCCUGAUAUUGAUUGGGUCCCAGAAAAAUGGGAAGAAUCCGUUAACAGUGUUUUAGAUAAUGCUUAUACAUAUGGACGAAGCGCUAUAUCAGAUGGAAUUCGAGGUCUUGUGAAAGAACCGGUGAAAGCAGAACAGAUGGAGAAAAAAGUUUUGGAGCUCUGGGAUCAUCUUUAUCAAGCGUGGAUAAUGUCGAAUGUGGAUCCGAAUCUCGUGGAUCCAACUGCAGAUUUUACAUCUGUGUAUUCUACUUGGGAAAGCUUUAAAGAAAAUUUUGGAAAAACGCCUCUCCAUUUAUUUAAUAUGACUAGUAUACAGAACUUUGCUAAAGAAAAUAUUGGUAUUUUAAUGUCGGUACUUGAUUCUAUCUGGAGCAUCGUCAAGGGUAAUAUGUCUAUAAUACUAACAGUUUUCACGGAGUUGUUCUAUAUUAUACUCAUGAGCGGAUCAGCAGUACUUAAUUUUGUAUUAAGUACGGUUGUGUUCUUUACAACUUUAUUUUACUUGCUCAGUUCCAGUGGCAAAACUUAUAAACCUGUCGAAUUGACAACAAUGUUUAGUCCCAUUAGUUGUCAUAGGUUCGCUGUAACGUUACAAGAAGCAGUGAUUGGAGUGUUUGCUGCCACUUUUAAACUAGCUUCUUUUUUCGGUAUAUGGACGUGGUUCGUACACAAUUUAUUCCAAGUGAAAAUUGUUUAUUUGCCAUCGGCCCUCGCAACUAUGUUGGGUGCAGUUCCUUUCUUAGAUGUGUACUUUGCCUGCAUUCCGGCUACCAUAGAACUCUGGUUCACUCGUGGAUCGAUGAUCGCUAUUACUUUUUUUCUCUUCCAUUUCCUCCCAUGUAACAUAGUAGUAACGGAAUUUUAUAAGGAGAUUAAAGGUGGCGGGCAUCCUUAUCUAACAGGUUUAUCGAUAGCGGGUGGAAUCUUCUGUUUAGGUGUGGAAGGAGCCAUUUUUGGACCUUUGCUCUUGUGUUGCAUUAUGGUUGUCAUCAAUUUAAGCCGUCAUUACUUGCAAUCACCUGAAGAAGAAGAGGAGUCCAUACUCUCAACGUAUCCCAGCCGUGGAAAAACAUCGCAAUAUGAAUCAAAAUGAUGUUUGUUGUUUUAUUAACAGAAAUUAAUAUAUCUGUUUAACAAUAUUGUAAGCUACGAAGUUGGCUCCAGCUUUUAUUUACAGAUUAAAAAUUUGAUAUUUAAUAUUUUAUGAAAGUUAACGCUGCGCUAUAGCUAGAUUAAAUAUGCAACGCAAACAGAUGCAAAAGUAUUUUAUAUAGAUUUAUGUGAUAACAGAAUUAACAAAGAGUCUCGACUUACGCUUAUUAGAUUUAGGGAUAUUUACAUUGUAUGUAUAAUCAAAAUGAAUUUUUUUCUAUUUAUACAUAUUCUUAAUAUAUUUUUGUUACAAAUUUGAAUUUAAAUAAUAGAUUUCUUCUUUUCCUAUCAUAGUCUUCCACCACCAUGUAUCGAAAAUUUGAUAUGUAUGAAUCAGUGAUGAUUGUUACAACAAUUUUAAUAUAAUUUAUGUAUACAAUAGAAUUUUAAUUAUAUUUUAAAAAUGUUAUUACAUUUUUUGUUUCUAACGUAUCGAUUAAUACUAAAUGUAAAUCAAAAAACAUAUAGCACACACUUAUCGUGACAGACAUUAAAGAAAAAUUUCUAUGACUAUUUUGAGAUGAAAAUCUUAGAGAGAAUAAAAGUAUAGAUUUGUGUAACGCAUACUAUUUUCAUCUCCAAAAUAAAAAUGGAGAAUUCUAAUUAAUUUGAGUUUGUACUUUCGUCCUGAUGAAAAAUAUUUAAAGUUGAUUAAACUAAAAUUCGCUCGCUCAAACACAUCGCAUAGUAAAGAAAAUCUCAAAAUUUUCGUCUGAUUCACAGAAUUACUCGUUGAAUGCAUCCAAUACUAUAAAAACUCUCCGAACGGCAAAAAUAGCAAUUGAAUUCUUCGAUUAUGUACUUUGUUUCUAAUAAAUCAUUCAAUUGCUUAA